AAUUUUCCCAUUUUCAGAGAUUUCGUUCGUCUAUGUUCAACAACGAGUCGUUCAGUUCGAGCGUCUCCACCACGAGUUCCACGUCGUCAUCGCAUUUUUCUGUUGAAAAUGUCGUACAUUUUCCGAAUAAACCACGUCUUUCAAUUGAUCCCACUGCCCGGGCAACAAAUGCUAUUCGACUCUCACCCAGAUUUCUUGAAGCAGUAGCUACCUGUAGCAAAGAUGACGACGUCUCUAGGAGAAUUCAUGAAGCAACUAGGCGAUACAAUCAUUUCGGAGCAGAGGUUUUUGAGAGGUUCCGAGAAGAACUUGGUGCUGGUCCGAAAACAUAUGAACGAUUGAAGCAUAAUUCAGUUAGAAGGCGGCUGACGAAGGUUGACAGUAACGAUGAUUCGGGUAGAGCCACGACUUCGUCUGAUGCCUCAUCCGUCUGCGAUUUUCCCGCUGACGAUGAACCGACAGCUUUCCUUCCCUACCGUAGUCGGGUACCAUUUGGUUCGACCCAGUCAAUGUACGAUCAAAAUGACAUCUCUGCGAUUUCGGCACGGCUUGAACACAUCAAAAACGAGUUUUUCGCCGGAAAUGACAAACAGUUCUCAACACUAUCCGGUUUUCAAACGCCUACGACAGCAUUAGGCGCUGCUAUGCAGGAUUUGAACAUGAAAAGUGCCUUCGCCCCUGUAUCACCUAAAAGUCGUGUCAUCAAUCACAGUCAUCAUCGUGGAGUCACUCAGAAAAGCGGCUACCGAAUCUCUGAUCUGCUCCAUGAUGAUCCAGUUUUUCGCAAGUCUGAAGAGAUUACAUCUGCCGAAAAGAAGAUCCAUAGGGUACCAAUUAGGCUGGUACAGUCCUGCUCAACUCAAGACUUGUCCACAAGUCGAUUGCGAAAUGAUUUUGAGCCAUUGAACGAACAACAGGAGACUCCAAUAUUAGAAGACCAAGAGAUGGAUAGCCCCACUAGUCCAUUAGCGAAGCAUCCCAAAACUAUGUCCUUCCCUCUAACCAUAAACGUCGACACCCAAAGUGUAACGUCGGACCUGCCCAGUUCAGUCUCGUCGUCGGUGAACAGCUUCGUCUACCAGGGAAUGAAUCAAGACGCUCUGAAGAAACAAUUAGAAGAAUUAACGGCAGCCUCCUGCAGGGCUGUGAUACCGGAUGCAAGCGGUGCUAUCAAUCCGGACAAAAUUCGCGAUCAGAUAGCUGUCGUAAAACGACAGCUUGAUGUUUUCCAACAACUGAUGGCUGAUGCUAAGGGCGAAUUGGAAAUGGCAAAAAUGGAGGAGGAAAGCCAGGACUCCGCAGCCGUAGAUGACAUGUGUGAGCCGUCACCAUCAUCUUCACAUGCUGAUUCGGAAUCGCCCAGGGAUCGGCGCCUCCAUCAUUGCACCCAUCCACAUUGUGGGAAAGUCUAUACAAAAAGUAGUCAUCUGAAGGCACACUAUCGGACACAUACGGGCGAGAAGCCAUACUCUUGCCCAUGGCCAGGGUGCGAAUGGCGAUUUGCCCGGUCGGACGAGCUUACCCGACAUUACCGUAAACAUACCGGUGACCGGCCGUUCAAAUGUGCUCAGUGCUCGCGCGCAUUUUCACGCAGUGAUCAUUUGAGUCUUCAUAUGAAGCGGCAUUUCUAAAGCCUUUCAUCAUCCACUGAUCCAACGCGAAGUGUGAUCAGCCUGUAGGUGUUGACGAAGAUCGUCUGUCCUGGAAGCAUCGCCUCAGAAAGAUGAUCUGGAAUUCGAAAGGACAAAGACGAUAGGAGAAGCUCUGCGUUAAGCGAUCUUCAAUUGCUCUAUCGCGUGUCGAAUUCAUCGUGUUCAUUGCUCCAUAGAUUGCAUUCAUGCUCAUCAUUCCGUUGCUCUAUUCAGGCAUUUCAGCCAUAAUUUAUCACUUAAUGUUUAUUGCAUUGUUCACUUACUUGCCGUACACUCUCACUUAAUGUUACAACUGCUAAUCAGGAUCUGAUAUGUAUAUGUUUCAUCUUUUUUCGUCAUCUUUCAUCAUUUUCAUUCUAAUCGCCUCUACUAUUAUGAUUCACUUAGCGCCUAGUCCUUCCCAUAAUGUAUCGGGUGUUUUUUCGAAUAGUUUUUGAAGAUCUGACAACCGGUGUUACUCAUUUUUGAGCGAAUCUUGUCGAUUAGUUGUACUGAUCCAUUGAUUCGCACUCGGUAAUAGUAUUGCCCAAAAUCAUUUAGUCACCAUCGUCGUGACAUCCUCACUCUAUAGCAAUGCGAAGUAUGCUAUACAGCGAAUGAUUACAGAAGAUAAAUAUUUAUUUUUCAUUGCUGGGUCAUGGUAAAUAUUGCAAUUAUACCA